UGCUGUAGGAACAACUUCCAUGUCGCACAGCCUGGCUGUCCUGGAAGGAAGAUUAACCUUGGUGCACCGUUUCCAUGGAGAUGGGAUUCGUUUUUGGACGCUAACCCGCUGUCGACACAAAAUGGAUUCCGAGUAUCUGAAAACCAGCCUUGGGAAGUGUCUAGUGGAGGGACUAGCUGAAAUAGCUGAGCAGCGACCCGUGGACCCAAUCGAAUUCCUGGCCCAAUGGAUAUACAAAUACAAAGUCAAUAUGGAUUACGAGGAGAAGAGAAAGGAGCACCAGAAACAGCUGGAGCAGGAGCGCCGGCAGGCCGAGGCAGAAGCUGAACAGCUGCGGCGGAUGCAGGAGGAGGCGGACCAGAUCAGAGCGUCACAGGAGCAGCUGAGGCCUGUGGAACGGGUACCGACCCCAGAGAGGAUGUCGUUGGAGAGGUCAAUGAAGAUUGCCCCUCCAAAGCUUGCCACAGUGCAGGAAGCAGGGGAUGGGGUACCUCAGGCUGAGGGUGCAGAGGCCGAUAAAGUCACAGGAAGUGCGACGACAGAGGAGCUGCCUAGAGAGGAAACUUCUGCCGAAGAGAAGACGGACAGUGCUGAAGAUGCCCAUAAAGACGUAGUGGAGGAUCACACCGAGAAGGAGGUGGCCGAUGACAAAGGCACCCCUGGACCUACUGCAAUCUCUGCAGCAGAGCCAGUGGAGGUCCCAGAGGGGGACUCUGUGUCCCCUCAGGGGGGCACUUCCCAAGCUGAAGCAGAGGACUUGCCUGGGGAUGAAACUGAGCCUCCCGCAGACCAAGCGAAGGAAAAGGACACCGGUGAGCCUGAAAGAAGUGACUCAGCUCAGCCAGCGAACACAGAGCCCAGCACGGAACCAGGGGGUGACUCUGCUCCUACAGACAUAGAUUCAGCCACAGAAUUACAGAGUGAAUCUAUAAAAGCAGACAAAGGACAUCCAGACACUGAACAGCCUGCUGAAGCACCCCUGGAGAAAGCUGAAACUCUAAAUCAAAAGGAUGAAGAGAAGGAAACUGAUAAACCUGAGGGAGGCGAGUCCAUGCCGAUCACAGGUGCUGAGCCAGUGAUGGAGCCAGGAAAUGACUCUCCCAAACCAGGCGAGAAUCAUCCAGAUGGGGGGCAGGGGGACAAGACCCUACAGGAGGAAGAUGAAAACCCACCUGCUGACAACUAGGAUGAUGGAAAGGUCACUGUGAACGUUCCCCAGAUGCCCCGGAUGGUUCUUAUACAUAGAAAAUUCAAUGGUGAAUUGAGUACAGGAGUGGCAUCUGUGAAUCUCACAUGGAUGUACCAUGUGACAGAAACAGGCUUGGUCAGUGAGCACUCAGCACCAGGACAGACAUUUCUGUUCUUUGAAUCUCACUGUGGAGAAACCAACAACCUUCGCCCUGUCCACUUGUAACCUUGCAACCUUACUGUGGCAAUCUUAAUUCCGGAAUGUCUGAGCAUUGUUGUUUUAUGGUGUUUUAUGUUCCUUUUAGAUAUGCUGGCUACUGUAGAUAAUGAUGGAUACUCCCUAAAGAAGCUACUCAAAGAAAUAUUGAAGUCUUCUAAAACUAAACUUUAAGUGCAUCAGAUAAAUAUUGCAGCUGAUUUUUAGAUAGAAAUAAUGUAGGCUAAGUAGAAUAUGAGAACACAAGAGCAUAUAAUCAGGAGAACAGGCCACAGGGUCCCUCUGGGCUCCUAAUUUUUUCUCAUUGGUUGUCACACACUAAGGAUAGUGAAACUGAAAAGGAAUCUGCUUCACCAUUUUCAUAGUAAUUUCAGAAGUGUAAAAAUAUAAAAUUUAACUAUUAAAAUUUGUGUUAUGAAUGAAAGAGAAAUGUCAACAAAUAUACCAUUUAUAUUUAUGUGCUGUAGCACAUGUAAGACUUGAGGCAAAUAUUAGAGUUUUUUACCACAUUAACAUCUGAAAAAGAAAUGUUUCACAAUAAAGUAACAAUGUGCUGAGUCAAA